CGAAGAGAAAAUGGAAAACAAUGAAAGCAAUCCCGUUGAGAAGAACGAAGAAGUGAAGGAGGAAAUUGAAGAGACGAUGGAGAAGGAGGAAGAAGAGGAAGAGAAGAAGAAGAAGGAGGAGGAGGAGGAGGAGGGCUUAACUGGGGGUAGUCCUCCCUCUGUAAAAGCUGAAGAAUUUGGUUCCAUGUUUCCUGCAUUGGCCAACGACCCCGAAGUUAUGAAUUUUGCAACCAAGGUUCUGAAACAAUGUAAAUCCGACAAUCUGCAGGAAAGCUUGCAAACUGUAAGCAAGAUGUUAGCUGAGGAUCCCAAGGUCAUGCAAAGCAUCGUUUCCAAGGUUCCGGAAAUGAUUGGCAGCCUUUCUGCUUUACUCGGGCAGCAGCAGCAACAACAGCAACAGCAAUCUUUUCUUCUGCAGGAGCUGCGGGAGGGAAGAAAAGAAGAGAAAGAAGGAAAAAUGUUUAUCAACGGAGAACCGGAUUACUGGGGCCCUGGUUUUUGGCUUUCCAUUCAUUUGAUUUGUUUUUGGGCAAAAGAUAAGCCUCUUCAAGAACGAUUGCAAUUGGCUGAGUUGUUAAAGUACAUGCUGUCCAGUAUUCCUUGUGCUCGUUGUCGUGAACACGCAUUGAGGUUCGUUCGAGACAAUGAUCCUUCUUCUGUUGCAAGAAAUCAUGAACUGGGUUUAUUUGCUUGGUCGUUUCUUUUUCACAAUGCUGUGAAUUCUCGUUUGGGAAAACCGCAACCAGAAUUUGAAGACGUGAGACAGACUUUUGCAGACAGCUUUCCUNGACUCGCUGCUGCGGAGGCUCUAUCGCAGCCCAUGAUGCAGCUUACGUUGAACUCCUUUCACUUUUCUGGAAGUAGUCACGAGAUGACCAGCUCCUUUUCACGAUUGAAGAGGCUUUUGCAGGGCAAUCGCAAGCUUCCUGUGGAAUAUCAGUUUCCUCAAGAUGUACCGCUUCCAGAGGUCAUUCCUGCUCAGAAACUGGUCGACUUGAUUGUAAGCAUAGAAUUUCCUCUUGUAGUUUUACGCUUCCCCGAUCCUGGAAGUUCCACUUAUCGCCGAGCUAUUGAAGAGCUCAGUUUUUUUUUGGAAGUUAGUUUAGAAGCAUCGAUAGAAGAGGUUCAUUUGGGAAAUCGAACUAUAAAGGUUCUUUGCCAAAGUUCAGAGAAGCUAGUACAAUCCUUGAGAAGUGUAGCUGUAGGAAGUGUUUCUAUUAUGAAGGUGGACCGAGAAAGAAAAAGGAUAAUCUGUGACCGACCAUCUCUCUCUCUCUUUUCGGAACAGUUGAGACACCGAGUAAGCUCUAGUGACUUCAAAGAAGUAACUGCCUUUUUCGGUAUUGAAGUAGGGCGGGCAGUUUUUUUUAAUCAGCUUCGAGAAAUUCUAUCAGAGACGGGUGUUUUAGACUGCCAUUUGAAUUUGGUGGCUGAUUACGUGUUCUGGACAGGCAGCCUUACCUUUCCUAACUAUCAUGGAAUGAACAAACACUUUACGACAGGAAUUCAUCGAGCAUCAGUGCAUCACACCUUUCAGGAAAUUUGCAAGGCAGCUAGCGCGGGCAAAAAAGAAAAGAUAUUUGACUUGGCCAGUUUUGUUAUGCUAGGUGGCGUAAAAAAUAGUGGGCCUUUUAGAAGGUAGGAGGUCUCGGAAUGCGGGGGUAGCUUCUUUUCGUCGGA